AUGAUGUAUGAGUUCCAGUCCCAGACUCUUUGGGCAGCUUGUCUAGGGCUUCUAUCUCACUGGACAUACUUCAUCCAUGGCGAAUACCACAUGCUGGCCCCAGUAUAUGGCAGCCUAUUCCUUGUUCUUCUCUCAAUCUUGUACAUUAUCGAGCUGCACUUCCACAAGAACACAUCUGUAGCUCUUGAAGCCGAGCUGGAAGUUAUUGCAGCAUACCUUGGCACUCUGUUUGCGAGUAUUGUUGCUUACAGAGUACUGUUCCACCGCCUCCAAAGGUUUCCUGGACCCUUCGGUGCCAAAGUAUCAAAAGUUUGGCAUGCUUGGAAGGUCAGACACUCACAAAACCAUCUGGUCAUGGAUAAGCUAUACCACAGAUAUGGAACAUUUGUGCGAACGGGUCCAGAGGAGAUAACCAUAUUCCACCCCGACGCCCUUGUCGCUAUGAAUGGUCCUGGAAGUACAUGCACCAGAUCCGACUGGUAUGACGGACUUUAUCCCCUCCAAAGCCUCGCCAAUAUCCGCAGUCCGGCUGUUCAUGACCAGAGACGACGCAUCUGGGACAAAGCAUUCAGUGCAGGUGCUGUCCGAGACUACGACUCCCGAAUCAUCAAGUACGCUGAACAGCUCAACCUUCUCAUAGCUGCAUCUGUGGAUCAACCCGUGAAUGUGUAUGCCAAGUUCAGCUUCUUCACAUCCGAUGUGAUGAGUGAUCUGUCAUUUGGAAAGUCUUUCGGCCAGUUGGUCGAGGACAAGUUCCACCAUUCGGUGUUGGGAGUCCGCGAGUUCAUGGGCGUGUUCGGAACGAUGAGUCCUAUUCCAUGGCAAGUCCCCCCUUUGUUUAUCACACUCGCUGCCGAUCAGGCUGCGUCCGUCUCAACAUCAUGUUCCAUGACUUUGUGUAACUUUGAACCGAGUUUCAGGAUGCUGAUGAUCUUGUUUAGGUUCGGACGACUCGGGAAUAAGCCCAUGAUGCAACUCAACGGCUGGAAGUCAUUGAUGAACUUCACCAAAGACAGUCUGAGAACGAGAAUGAUGAACGAGCCACCUGUCCCAGAUAUUGCAUCGUAUCUACUAAGCGCAUCCGCAGGACGCUUAGAAGAGGACGCAAACUAUCUCGACGGUGACGCCCUCGUGUUGAACAUCGUUGGCAGCGACCAGACUUCCACAGCCCUCAUCACCCUUUUCGCCCAACUCGCUCGCUAUCCCAAGUACCAAGAGCAGAUCUUCCAAGAAGUCCAAAAGAUUUCCUCCGUCACAGACUUCCUCGCAGUAUUGAGACUUCCCAUCCUGAAGAGCGUGAUAAUGGAAACCUUGAGACUUUGGCCUCCUCUCCCAACAGGUAUUGGUCGCGUAGUCCCUGCCGGAGGUCUGACGAUCGCUGGACGACACAUCCCACGUGGCACGACAAUAUUUGCACCUCGCUAUACGAUUGCCAGACUGGAGAGCUGUUUCGAGAAAGCUACUGAGUUCGUCCCCGAACGAUGGACAUCACGACCUGAGAUGGUUAUCGACAAGAGAGCGUACAAUCCCUUCUCAACGGGCCGCUACUCCUGCGUCGGUCAACGACUAGCUAUGAGAAAGAUCUCACACGUUACCGCUCUCCUUAUAUCCAAGUACACAGUGGAGUUUGGGCCAGAUGACGAUGGAACUCGUUGUUUCCGGGAUAUGCAGGAUAAUCUCACGAUGAACCCGGGACGGCUGGAUCUUGUAUUUAGACUUCGAAAGGCGGACUAA